UUGCGUUUUGAAGACAGAAUGUCGGAAAGCGUCACGAUGAGCCACGCCACGAACGUCCCCCGUGUGACGGACGGUCCCCGCGGCAGCGCGACGGUCGUCCCGCGCUACGUGUGCGACGUGUGCGGUGAGGAGUGCACGAGCGAAGCGGACGCGCUCUCGCACGUGCAGGCCGCCCACAUCGAGUCCUCCCUCAGCUGCCCGUUCUGCGAGCUGGCAGAGGUCGCGCUCGAAGAGCUGAGCCUCCACAUCGCCCACUGCCACCCAGAGGGCGCCGCUGUCUCGAGCGCGGGCGACGCAGCGCUGCGGUGUCCUCUCUGUGGAGUGAGCGACGCGUCACCGACGCGCCUACAGCUGCACGUCAAUAGAGCGCACCUGGACGCUGCGAGUCCGGGCAGAGCUCGCGUCUACACUGCCCCACCAGCGGCCGCAAGAGAGGGCGCCGCCAAGGCGUCCGUGAAAGAGGGCGCCGCCGUGGCGGUGGCGUGCCCGUUCUGCGGGUUGGAGUGCGAGAGCGCGGCGCAGGCGCAGGACCACAUCAACGCGCGUCACGUCGACGCCAGCGAAGAUUCGCACGCCCUGCUGACGCCUCCAAUCACUUUCCCUCGGGACUCCGGUGGAGACCCCGACGGUGGCUCCCCCACGCUCGCUCGAGCGUCGUGCGAUGACCGGGAUACUCGAACGUCGAUCGCUGCUCGUCUCCGGCGCAAACAUGUGUUCGCUCGCGCGACGGAAGGCGCCGACGCUGCGAGCGGAGGUUCGAAGACCGCGCGCGUGUCUGCCGUCGCUUCCGCGUGCGACCAGCGGACGGGGCGCGACCGCUGGGAGGUGGCGAGACUCGUGGACGACAGCGGCGACUUCCGUGGGAGCACGAUCGCCGCGCCGCUCGUUAGCGCCGAGGACGAGCGAUGCUGCACGCGGGGUCUCGUCGAGCGACUGCGCGCGCGCAUCCCGACGCUGCUCCUCUGCGCGACCGCCGCGCACUUUGCGUCAACGGCGGCCGACCGCGGCUGGGCGUGCGGCUACAGGAAUGCUCAGAUGUUGCUGUCGUCGGUCGCGCGCUGGCCCGGCGUCGCGGCGCGCGCGUUCCCCGCCGCUGCCGCCUGCGUGCCGACCGUAGCCGAGCUCCAGCGCGAGAUCGAGGCCGGCUGGGCGGCGGGGUUCGACGCGGUCGGGCGGGCGCAGCUCGGAGGCCGUCUCGCCGGCACGCGCGCCUGGAUCGGCGCCACCGAGGUUGUCGUCGCGCUCGCGCGCCGCCGCCUGCGAUGCGACAUCGUCGACUUCCACGCGGCGACGGGCGACGGCGGCACGCACCCGUUACUCGUAGACUAUGUACAGCGCCACUUUACCGCCGCGACGGAGGAGGGUCGGUUCGUGCCGCCGCUGUACCUGCAGCAUAGCGGUCACAGCCGGACGGUGGUGGGCUGCGAGCGGCGAGCGGACGGCGGCGUCCACUUGCUCGUGUUCGACCCGAGCGCGAGCACGGAGUCGGUGCGUCGCGCCGCGAGCAGCGCCCCCUCGCUGCUGAAGCUGCUGCGGCGGUCUGCGCGGACGCUGCGCGCCCCGCAGUACCAGCUCAUCGUCGUGCGCGGCGUCAUGACGACGGAGGAGGAGUACGAGGAUGCUAAGCAAGGUGGGAAUCUCGUGCGCAUUCCCUAGCAGCAGCAACCGCCCACUGCCGACUCAACCUUACCUCGCGGGGGACUCCGAGGGACUGUAUAUAUACCGAAGGCAGAGCGAGCGAGAGUCAAUCAUAUCGAUACAUCAGCAGUGUAUACGGAAGACAGAGAGAGUGGGAGUCGAUCAUAUCGAUAGAUCGGUACAGCGGAUUGUAGUGGAAAAAGUUAAAACGAUUUUACGAUCAACCAGGGUAGGUUUACGCACGGGAGACGGGAAUUUUUAAAUGAGACUUUUUCGACUGGAUAUGUUAUUUCCUUGGACGCUU